UGUGUGUGAGGCUGAAACAGCAGGAACAAGAUGGCCGACAGCCCUCCAGUGCCAUGUGGACACACAGGCAGCGACAGUGUCGAGCCAAAUCCGACUUCCCUCUGUGUUCAGACGAUGACUGGGUCUCCAAAUGCCCCUCAGGCUGUAGACUCCAGGGUUUGAUCUCGCAGGCGGAGAAUGAGAUGGAGGGAAAACUGCGGAAGGCGUGCAAGAUGGCGAAGACGUUCGAAGAUACGGCUGAGAAGUCCAUGACGGCGGUGACACAAAUCUACAGCUACAACCGGAGAGCCAUAAUCAACAGAUAUGCUUCAGAGCUGAAAUUCGUGGACCACGCCGAAGGACUGGCCAGGAAUCUCACUUCAUUACGGAGACGAUCGUCCAGACUAUCUCAGCAACUCUACAAGCUGCAACGCGACGUUCAGAAACAACUUGAGGACUUGUAUCCAACAGAGGUUGACAUUGACAUGAAACUGCGAACCUGCUACGGGUCCUGCAAACUGGUGUCACCAUUCAGCGUUGAUCAUUCCGGCUAUCAAGCACUUCAAACUGGCAUGGACCAGAUGGAUGAGACUCUCAGCCAGAGAAGGAGGGCAGCUGCACCUCCGCAAGACAUCCCACAUAUCAAGCUGAAGCUUCUAGACCCAGUCCUAGCACCAUCAGCAGAGUACAAAACCAUCCCCACAGUCCAGAGAGAACUGUUGACCCAGUUUGAGGACAUUGGACAGAACCACAUAGUCCUGGAGGAGCUGCUGGAGGAUUCUGUAGAUGUGGACCCUCUCAGUCCUGCACAGCUGGAAUGAAGGGGUUCAACUGGAGGAGGUCUAACAAAAGAAGAACGGGCCUUUCUUUUUAAUCUCAACAACAUUUAGGAACUUGGUUUUGAAAGGGCCUGUUCAAUUGAACAGUUCUUGAUUUUAUUUUGGAAAAUCUAUUAACACCCAGGGCUUGCAUCAGAUGACUUUGAAAUGCAGUCUGAAUACAAAUGAAAUUCUGGGGCCAAUAUUCAUAUUGGAACAUGGAAUAUGGAAGUGUUGUACUGUUGAUGUAUUCUGAAUGUGCUUGUUAAACACUGUGGCAAUGAGAAACAAUGAAGGCAGGAUAUUUUACAGCUUAACAAUAAACCUUAUCAAAUCAACAUCAAAAUUCACUAGGAAUUCAAAGUGGACAGAGACAACUUUUUUGCACAAACAUUUAAUGGAAAAAUGAAACCUUCAUGUUCAUGUUGGUAACCGAACAAAUGUUUGUUCGUGGCUGCUAGCAUUAGCGAUCCAGUUGUCUUUGUGACAGCAACACCAACAGUACGGUACCACGAGAAAAGUACCUGUUUCCACUUAAAUGAUUAGAUUAUCUUGAUUGUGAUUGAGUGCAUUAUUUAGCCCUGCUUGCUAUGCCCAUUGGUCACUUGUGGUAUUGCAGUAAAAAACAUCCAAAAAGUGUUUUGCCCAUAGCCUUUCAUUAUGAAAGAGACGCCUGUAAAACUGUCGACAGGACACUUUGAAUUCCUUCUCUUUGUGUGAUGAAUUUUGGAUCCAUGGAGGCUUUAUAUUUGUUAAACUUUCCUUGAGACGAGAAGUGAUUUGAAAAUCUGAUGUCAUCACAGCGUAAAGUCUCGAGGCCGAGCGUGAAGUCGUGUGAACUUGUAAAAGUUUUUUUUGGUGCAUGCACCAGGUGAGCAGGCAGGUUAAAUAGGCACACAUAAUUGUGUCUGGUGUAUAAUUCUGUUUAUACAUCCAUCCAAAACAAAUAAGUUUUCAUAUCGGAGCUUAUCAGACAACAUACUGACAUAUCUGUGAUCAUCAGAACAAAUAUCAUCAGGCUCUAGCCUCGGUGCAUUGAGAGCACACUCAGCACACUCCUCUGUUUUUCCUGUUUCAUUAUUUACAUUAUUUAUUUCACUGUCGUGUCAUAAUUAGCACAUUGCUUUCAUUAUACUGUACAGUCACUCGAUGUUUUUUUCUCUCAUUUUGUCGUUCAUAGAUCAGUGAAUAAAAGCCAGUUUUGCA